AUGUCGUCCUUCGGGGGACAGUGGCGUGCUAUUAGACAUUACCUUUCUAUGACCAAUUUAAAUGCAGAAGUUGAAAAAUUAGUGCAGCGAAUUAAACCAGCCACUCCCGAACAAUGGGAAAAUCUCAUUCAGAAGUUUGAAAAGGCUGUUGCCACCAGAUUCUCACCAACAGAAGUCAAAGUUAAAGAAACCAAAGCGAUUGAAAAUACAGUCAGAGCUACAACAGUAGAGGAAAGUAAAAUAAGCACAAAAGACAGUGUAGAAAAAGCAGAAGUCAAAGAUGCUCUAACGGUUGGUUCGGAGGCUAAAGAAAUAACAUUUGAGGGCAUCUGGGAAGGUCUGAAACUAAAGAAGGAUUUGCAUUUGGGGAAAAUGUCGGAGCCCAGUUGGAAGUCAAACAAGCCAAUAGUUACAAAGACAUCGAUCCAUUCCCGUACCGCGUACGUCAUAUCUGCUCUGGUCACAGCCGAGACUCCGGAGUGUCUCCAACGGAGGACGGAACACUUCAUCGAGCAUUUGCAACAAUAUCCCGAAGCCAGAGAUUAUGCUAUCAAGGAAGGUGCGGUGCGCGCUCUAUUACGAGUCCAACACAAAAUAAAAUCGGACGACCUAACAGUUGCUGCUGAAGUCAAGGGAAUCGUCAAUGAGGCAUUAGCCCUAAUGGGCUACACGGGCCCAACAAAGAGCCGCGGUCCCAACAUCCUGUCGAUAGAUGGCGGUGGCAUCCGAGGAAUUAUCGCAAUUGAGAUCCUGAGACAUUUGGAAAUUUUGACUGGAAAGAAAGUUCAUGAACUAUUCGAUUACAUUAUCGGCGUGAGCACGGGCGCCAUUAUAGCCGCUGUAAUUGCUAGCGGCGCUGGAAGUUUAGAAACAGCUAAUCAGAUGUAUGUGACGCUGUCAAAACAAAUGUUUGGAAACACAUCUCUAAUAGGAGGUACAUCAAGACUGGUAUGGACGCAUUCCUAUUACGAUACUGACGCUUGGGAGAAAAUGCUCAAAGACAAUUUGAAAGAUCUCACCCUCACCCAGUGCAAUCGAUACGAUAUGCCCAAAAUGUCGGUAGUGUCCUGCGUCGUGAACUCCGGUUCCCGUCUCGCACCAUUCCUGUUUCGCACCUACGAAUGCGGAUUCCGGGUCCGUUCCGUUUUCCCCGGGACGAGUCGCGCGCAGCUGUGGCAGGCGGUGCGGGCCUCAGCAGCGGCGCCGACUUACUUCACCGAGUUCAACUUAGAUGGACUAUUGCAUCAGGAUGGUGGCAUAAUGGUUAACAAUCCAACGGCUGUAGGACUACACGAAGCUAAAUUGCUCUUCGGUGGAAAUUCGCUGAAGAACAGCACAAUAAUUUCGGUCGGAACGGGCCAAGCAUUGAACAAACACUUGGACUACCAGCUUCUGAGUAAAGGCUUGGCUAAAGAUACCUCCGGAACGAGCUGGAAGAAUAAGUUCAAUAAGAUCUUGGAUUCAGCUACUGAUACUGAAGGUGUCCAUCUAUCGCUAAACGACUUACUACCCCCCGGUACAUACUACCGCUUUAACCCACCACUCCACGAAGAGUGCGCGAUGGAUGAAAUUAACCCGGAGAAGAUUAAAAACAUGAUUACGGACACUAAUGCGUACAUCAGACGCAACCAGCACAAAUUCGAACAAGCGGCCGCCAUGUUGGUAAGGAAGCGUACGACUUUGCAAAAAGUGAUGGAUUUCGUCGAACACCGAGCUCAUUUGAUGGGCAUCAGUCAGGCCAAUUGA